AGAGCGAGCGCCGGGGCCGGGCGCGCAGGAGUGAAAAGGAGGCGGCGGCCGCGGCUGCGAGCAACAGAUCCGGGCGCUGCGAGCUAACCCGCUCUGCUGUUGGGCGAUAUUAUUUUUCUAAUUUCCAAAAAAAAAAAAUCUAUUAAUUUAGCAAACCGUGCAUUUUUUAUUUUUUUAAAUGGCGCUAGCCCAGGGUCAGCGGGCGGUUUUCUCUGCUCCAGGAUGGGCUUUGCCGGCUCCGUCGUGGGCACCAGUGGUGGUCUGAUUGUCAGCCUUCUCCGGGCAUUUUUAAGGCCAGGAGCCGGGCGCUGCAUGUAGGCGAAUCACCCUAGAGAGCGGUUCGGCUUUGCACAUUUUUGUGAUUAUUUGGGGCAGAGAACAGACUCUCUCGGGCACUUCGUCCUCUUUGCAGGGGAGGCGGCGAGUCUGAGGUGGGUCGCUCGGAGGGUGAGCUCCUGCCGGGGUGAGCGAGCCCCGGUCCCGCGCACAGCCAGGCGGCCCAGAGCGUGUGUCGUCCCUGCCGGCGCCGGGAAAAUGGAGGCUGUGAUUGAGAAGGAAUGCAGCGCGCUCGGAGGCCUCUUCCAGACCAUCAUCAGCGAUAUGAAGGGGAGCUAUCCAGUUUGGGAAGAUUUCAUAAACAAAGCCGGAAAACUGCAGUCCCAGCUCCGGACAACAGUAGUAGCAGCAGCUGCCUUCUUGGACGCCUUUCAGAAAGUGGCCGACAUGGCCACCAACACACGUGGUGGCACCAGGGAGAUCGGCUCGGCGCUGACCAGGAUGUGCAUGAGGCACCGGAGCAUCGAGGCCAAGCUGCGGCAGUUCUCCAGUGCUUUAAUCGAUUGUCUGAUAAACCCACUUCAAGAACAGAUGGAAGAAUGGAAGAAGGUGGCCAACCAGCUGGAUAAAGACCACGCGAAAGAAUAUAAAAAAGCGCGUCAGGAGAUAAAAAAGAAGUCCUCGGAUACACUGAAACUGCAGAAGAAAGCAAAAAAAGGGCGAGGUGACAUCCAGCCUCAGUUGGACAGCGCUCUCCAAGAUGUCAACGAUAAGUAUCUCUUGCUGGAAGAGACAGAAAAGCAGGCAGUGCGGAAGGCUUUGAUCGAAGAGCGCGGUCGGUUCUGCACCUUCAUCUCUAUGCUGCGGCCCGUGAUUGAAGAAGAAAUCUCAAUGCUGGGGGAAAUAACUCACCUUCAGACCAUAUCGGAAGACCUGAAAAGCCUGACCAUGGACCCUCACAAACUGCCCUCCUCCAGUGAGCAGGUGAUUUUGGACUUGAAAGGUUCUGAUUACAGUUGGUCGUAUCAGACGCCACCCUCUUCCCCCAGCACCACCAUGUCCCGCAAGUCAAGUGUGUGCAGCAGCCUGAACAGCGUGAACAGCAGCGACUCGCGCUCCAGCGGCUCGCACUCGCACUCCCCCAGCUCUCACUACCGCUGCCGCAGCUCCAACCUGGCCCAGCAGGCGCCCGUGCGGCUGUCCAGCGUGUCCUCCCACGACUCAGGAUUCAUAUCCCAGGACGCCUUCCAGUCCAAGUCCCCGUCCCCAAUGCCGCCAGAGGCCCCCAACCAGUUGUCUAACGGGUUUUCUCACUAUAGUUUAUCAAGUGAGUCCCAUGUGGGGCCCAUGGGGGCAAGCCUUUUCCCUCAUUGCCUGCCUGCCUCCCGCCUGCUCCCUCGGGUCACCUCUGUCCACCUUCCAGACUACGCUCAUUAUUACACCAUUGGGCCCGGCAUGUUCCCGUCAUCUCAGAUCCCUAGCUGGAAGGACUGGGCCAAGCCAGGGCCUUAUGAUCAGCCUUUGGUGAACACCCUACAGCGUCGCAAAGAGAAGCGGGAGCCGGACCCGAGCGGAGGAGGCCCCACUGCUGCAGGUGGCCCGCCUGCAGCUGCCGAGGAGGCUCAGAGACCACGGAGCAUGACCGUGUCAGCUGCCGCCAGGCCUGGUGAGGAGAUGGAGGCUUGUGAGGAACUGGCCCUGGCCCUGUCGCGGGGCCUCCAGCUGGACACCCAGAGGAGCAGCCGGGACUCGCUGCAGUGCUCCAGCGGCUACAGCACCCAGACGACCACCCCGUGCUGCUCGGAGGACACCAUUCCCUCCCAAGUUUCAGAUUAUGAUUAUUUCUCAGUAAGCGGUGACCAGGAGGCAGAGCAGCAGGAGUUUGACAAAUCCUCCACCAUUCCGAGAAACAGUGACAUCAGCCAGUCCUACCGACGGAUGUUCCAAGCCAAGCGUCCAGCCUCAACUGCUGGCCUCCCCACCACCCUGGGACCUGCCAUGGUCACCCCAGGGGUUGCAACCAUCCGACGGACCCCUUCCACCAAGCCUUCUGUCCGCCGGGGGACCAUUGGAGCUGGUCCCAUCCCCAUCAAGACACCUGUGAUCCCUGUGAAGACCCCAACCGUCCCAGACCUCCCUGGGGUGUUGCCAGCCACUCCAGAUGGGCCAGAGGAGCGGGGUGAGCACAGCCCUGAGUCGCCGUCUGUGGGUGAGGGCCCCCAGGGUGUCACCAGCAUGCCCUCCUCACUGUGGAGUGGCCAAGCCUCCAUCAACCCUCCUCUUCCAGGCCCAAAGCCAAGUAUCCCCGAGGAGCACAGACAGGCGAUUCCAGAAAGCGAGGCCGAAGACCAGGAAAGGGAGCCCUCCAGUGCUGCUGCCUCCCUAGGCCAGAUCCCAGAGAGCGACCCUGCAGACCUGAGCCCGAGAGAGAGCCCGCAGGGAGAAGACAUGCUGAACGCCAUCCGCAGGGGUGUGAAACUGAAGAAGACCAUGACAAAUGACCGCUCCGCCCCUCGCUUCUCUUAGGCUCACAACACCAUUGCCAGUGGGGAAUGAACUGUUCAAUUCAUAAAACCUAAUUUGUCUUGAUCCAUUCCAAUCUAUAACCACACAAAAGAUUUUGUAGGCAACUCAGAAUACAGCUCUUUUGAAAGUACUUGACACCUUUAGAUAAGAAUUAAAAGCAACAUAUGUAACUGACAUAAUCUUGAUCUUUUAAGUUGUAAAUACUGACAACUUUCUUUCUGCACAUUUUAACCUUAGUUUUCCUUUUGAUUUUUCUGAAGGUGCCAAAUUCCAUUUAACUUUUUUACAAGUCUUUGUAAAAUUUUAAAUGCAUAAAGGGGGUGGGGGGGUCAGGGCAGGGGGAGGUCAGGGCAGGGGAACCACAAAGUAGUUAAUUUCAGAAAAAAAGGGGUAACUUUUUCUCUCUUUUUUUUUCCUGCAAGCUUUUGUAGAUGCAUCGUAGUAGUCUGGCCUAGAGGCAAAUUCAAGUUAUUUUAGUGUACAAACAAAAUGGUAAGGGGUAAAUCUUCAUUUAAAUAUACUAUGUUCUGAAUGAGCAAAGCAUAGUAAGAGUUGAGCAAUAUUCAGAUUGAAGUGAACCUGGAGAGGGUAGACUGUUGGGAUUGGGGGGAGGGCCAUGGGAGGGGCACUGUGAACAUAGCCAACCCGUCACAUUUAAGAGUAGCCUCGUAGGUUGAAUUUCUAGUAGCUUCAUGGUUAAUGCAUCCGAAUAAGCCAUACUGGAUUGCGGUGUUUGUUUCUGUACGGUGGUUAAGGACUUCUUCUCUCCCACGACUCCUCUGCACUGCACACAGCACCCACCUCCAAUCCUGUGCAUGCUCCUGCCCUGGGCAGACAGAGACUCCUCCACUUUAGCUACUCGUCUGUUAUCCCACUUUCAUCGAAUCCAGACACAUCCAAAUGGGUAAGGCAGUUUCAAAAAUGGGAAAACGUUUAAACACGAUAGCAGGGAAUUCUUAGAUAUAGCAAAUGCCUUUCACUUAACUGUGCCCAGCAGGCUGGGUGCAUUGUAAAGCCCAAAUAUUUUGAAAAAAACUAGAGCGGAUUUAACAAGAGUAACCAGCUUAGAGUCCAGCAACUUGCCAAUGUGUUUACCAAUCCGGGGGCUUGUUUUUCUUAAUUGGCUUUAUACUAAACAAUGAAGAGAGGAGGAUUUAUUUAUUGUCACUGGGAAUCUGACCACUAGACUGUACCUUUUUUUUGUAUUCUAGGUAAUGUUUUUUGGAAUGGAUUUAUGUCUUUUCUUCUUUAAGUGAAAGUUAAAUGCCCAUCCCCUAAAGCCAACAGGGAUUUGUAGAUUCAGAGGGACAAUGUUUGGAGAACAUAAACAUGAACAAGCAAGCAGUCCCCUUAGCAGUUGGGUCAGUUGAAAGUGUUCCUUUGUGAUAGAAAUUGUCAAGGGUGAUAGGAGCUCGGUGGGUCCCACAGACCCUGCAGAUUUCUGUUGGUUCAUAUCUUCAAUUACAUAAUCUUAUGCUUUAAUACAUAACUGCAUUGGAUGUGAGAGUAACGUACCUGUAUAGUCAUUAAUUCUAUAUAUUAACAUUUAACACUGCUGUGAUUGCUCAAGGACAUUUUAUGUUAUGGCUUUAAAGCAAAGGCAUGAUUAUUAGAAACUAUUUAAGCUUUUUUUU